AUGGCGGAGCCGCCGCCACCGCUGGCGGCCGCGCCAGCCAGCAAAGGCCCCUUUGCAUGCCGCCUGGCUUUAAAGCUGACACACGAGAUUCUUGGCCCAGUGUGCGAGCAGGCCAUAGCUUGCCUGAUCAACCACGGCAUGCAGCAGUAUGGCGAGCUGCUGAAGACCUCAGGCCUACCCGCUGGCCAGCUGAGCAGUGCGGUGCUGGUGCUCAUCCAGCACAACUAUGUCAACUGCUACCUCAAGGAGGAGCCGCCCACGCUGCGCGGCCCAGGCCCCUCAUACACGCUCUACGAGGCGGCGCUGCCCCGCAUUCUGCAGAGCCUGAGGGUGCCCAGGUUCAUGACUCAUAUCUCCGAUGAGCACGGCCAGGAGUCUGUGCGCCUGGUCCGCAACCUGACUGAGCACGGGCGGCUGAGGUGGGACCAACUGCUGGAGGCAGUGGUCCGCGAGAGCGCCGAGGAGGGCGGCGAGGCGGCGCCCGCCCCCGGCGUGCUACUUAACCAGUUCCGCUCGCUGGUGAUGCAACGCUACAUUGAGCGCGUGCCGCCCUGCACGCUGCCGCCGCCCCCGCAGCACGUGCACCCGAAUGCACGCAAGAAAAAGGCGCCGCCCAAGCCCGGCAGCGAGGAGGAGGCCGACAUGCACCGCGAGCAGGCAGACGCCGCCCUACGGCACGAUUACCAGCAAGUUCGCUUCCGGCUUCCAAGCGAGCUAAUGUCGCCUAGUGGUGACGCCGUGGAGGUCGAUGCGCAAGCCAAGCCUGCUGGGAAGCGCAAGCGGGGCGGCAAGGAUGCGGCAGCAGCAAGCAGUGAAGCAGAGCCGGCAAAGAAGCGCGAGCGGAAGAAGGCGGGCGAGGCCGGAGCGGAGGGUGGCAGUGCUGCCUCUCUGCCGGCGCAGGCAGCGGCAGCAGGAGACGAGGAGGCACCUGUGCUGUGGCGAGUCAACUAUGAUGAGUUCAACCGGCGGUUCCGCAACGACGUGAUUGUCAGCACUGCGAAGCUCAAGUAUGGCGUGCACGCUGGACAGGCGGUGGAGGGCCUGCUGGUAGCCAAUGCGUGCUUUGAGCAGACGGCGCAUUGUGAAGAAACCGUUGUGCUGUCUGUGGGCGAUGUGAGCGGCGCCCUGCGGCGCAUACAUAGCAAUGAGGACCCACCAGAUAACCUGGCGUGCGUGCUCAGCGACCUGGCUGACGACGACAUGCACUUCCUGGAGAGCCGGGGGAGCGGGCCUGGCGGGGAGCAGUAUGUGCUGAGCAUCUCCAGGGUGCUACGGUUUGCACGCUUGUACCAGCUGAAGGGGGUGAUCAGAACCAAGUUUGGCGUGGCAGGCAUGCGCAUCUGGCGCCUGCUGCUGCUGAACGGCCAGCUGGAGCAGAAGCAGGUGGCCGACCUGGCGAUGGUGACCAAGGAGGAGGCACGGGAGGCGCUCUACGCCAUGCUCAAGGGCGGCUACCUGGCGCUACAGGACGUGCCGCGCACCAAUGACCGCGCCCCUUCUCGCACCUUCUACACCUGGCGCGCAAAUGCAGACACCACCAUCGCGCGUCUGACGUCAGACCUCUACCGCGCCGCUGGCAACUUGCACGCUCGGCUUGAGCACGAGGCAAGGAAGCAGAGCGAGCUAUGGGAGCUGCUUGAGCUGCCUGUGGCACCAUCCAUAAUUGAGCGGCGCCAGGGCGAGAUUGCCGCGCUCAAGGCGGUGACCAGCCGCCUGGAGGCCGCUCUUUUGGACCUCGACUGGCAGGUGUGUAUCUUUGCCGAUGUCUGA